CCCUCCAGGAACAAACGCUCCAGUCUGGACACCAUGUCCUUGCGGUUUUCUUCUGCAUCCAGACGGCUUGCCUCUUGCGGGGGUGCAGGCUCCGUGAGGCUCUCUAGUGGGGGAGCAGGCUUUGGAGCCGGAAACGCAUGCGGUGUGCCAGGCAUUGGAAGUGGCUUCUCUUGCGCCUUUGGGGGCAGCUCAUCUGCUGGAGGCUAUGGUGGAGGGCUCGGAGCGGGGAGUGCUUCUUGCGCUGCUUUCACCGGGAAUGAACACGGCCUCCUCUCCGGCAACGAGAAAGUGACCAUGCAAAACCUCAACGACCGCUUGGCCUCCUACCUGGAUAAUGUUCGAGCACUGGAGGAGGCCAACGCUGACCUGGAGCAGAAGAUCAAGGGGUGGUAUGAGAAAUUCGGACCUGGUUCUUGCCGCGGUCUUGAUCAUGAUUACAGCAGGUACUUCCCAAUAAUUGACGACCUUAAGAACCAGAUAAUUUCUGCAACUGCAAGUAAUGCCAGUGUUGUCCUGCAAAACGACAAUGCAAGACUAACAGCUGAUGACUUUAGACUAAAGUUUGAAAAUGAACUGGCCCUGCACCAGAGCGUGGAGGCGGACAUCAACGGUUUGCGCAGAGUCCUGGACGAGCUGACCUUGUGCAGAACAGACCUGGAGAUCCAGCUGGAGACGCUGAGCGAGGAGCUGGCUUAUCUCAAGAAGAAUCACGAGGAGGAAAUGAAGGCUCUGCAGUGCGCGGCCGGCGGCAACGUGAACGUGGAGAUGAACGCGGCCCCCGGGGUGGACCUCACCGUCCUGCUGAACAACAUGCGCGCUGAGUACGAAGCCCUUGCGGAGCAGAACCGCAGGGAUGCGGAGGCCUGGUUCAAUGAGAAGAGCGCUUCCCUGCAGCAGCAGAUUUCUGACGACGCUGGUGCCACCACCUCAGCUCGGAAUGAACUUACUGAGAUGAAACGUACUCUUCAAACCCUGGAGAUUGAACUUCAGUCCCUCUUAGCAAUGAAACAGUCCCUGGAGUGCUCCUUGACAGAGACCGAGAGCAACUACUGCGCGCAGCUGGCGCAGAUCCAGGCGCAGAUCGGGGCCCUGGAGGAGCAGCUGCACCAGGUCAGAACCGAGACCGAGGGCCAGAAGCUCGAGUAUGAGCAGCUCCUCGACAUCAAGGUCCACCUGGAAAAAGAGAUCGAGACCUACUGCCGCCUGAUAGAUGGAGAGGAUGGCUCCUGUGUUAAAUCAAAAGGCUACAGAGGCCCAGGAAAUCAGAUAAAAGAUUCAUCUAAAGCCGCCAUUGUUAAAACAGUUGUUGAAGAAAUAGAUCCUCGUGGCAAAGUUCUCUCAUCCAGAGUUCACACCGUGGAAGAAAAAGCCACCAAAAUCAACACCAAGAGCGAACAGAGGGUGCCUUCCUGAACUCCAGCCCCCCAAAAAGAAUGGCUCCUAAAUUAGAAUACCAAACUGAAACUAUGUUCCUAAAUAAGGGCCCUCUUAUUUUUCUGCUUUUCUUCCAAUGGAUUAAGACAAGCUGUUUUUAGAAUGGUAACAUUUCUUUGGCUUUCUCUAUGGUGGCGUUUCAAUAAAAGUUCUCCCUGUUGCAAGUCA